AUGUCAAUCAUUGAAGCGGAUCAAGAGAAAAUCAUACUACACCCUAAACCUGGAUUUGUUGUUAAAACUAAAAUACUUGAGUCCAAAAAUAAUGAAGAAAUCUUAACAAAAGUAUUCAUAAACAUAUGUCAUGAUUCUCAAGUGCCGAAACCUCAAAUUGAUUUCGAGCCGGAGGUUGUAUUUCCAUUGAUUAUAGAGAAUCAAUGGGAAAUACCGAUUGUGGUGUCUAAAGUGAAACAAUCGAAAGACAAGAAAGGUUUUCCUUCUUUAGUAUAUGAUUGUUGCAUCAACAGUCAAUGUUUUCAAUGGUGUCAAUUGAACAAGGAUCUAAGGCUAAUAGUAAUAGAGUGGUGUAUCGAACUGGUGGAAAUGAUAAAUAGCAUAACUUUGGAAAGGGAUUAUAGCUUACCAAAAAUGUUAUCAAAAGGGGAAUUAUCUGAAACUGAAAUUACAAAAGAUGAGUUAAAUGAUGUAGGAUUUAAAAAAUUAAAUGAUUUGAAACAAAAUGAAACUUUAGGAGUACUUGAAGAGUUAAAUAGUUUGGACGAUAUAGAAAUGGCUGAUGGAGAGGAACUACCGGAUUUAUUCAAUCGAGGCUCAUCAAAUUCAAAGAAAAACUUGAUCGAAGAGAUAGACUAUGUACCAAAAAAAAGAAUAGACACCGUUGAAGAAAAACCUCGAGAACCAAUCAAUUUCACAAUACAAUUCAAAAAGUUAAUUGAUGAUAAUGAAUAUAGUCUAUGUGUCAUAUUCGAAUCAGAUAGUUCGGAUUAUAUGCUAGAAUUAUCAUAUGAGAACGCGUCCUUAUUGAUUACAAGUGUUUCUGAUAGAAGAUUUAGUCAAGGGCGACAAUUAUCUAUACCACUUCCCCCAGAUUUGGACGUGAAACUUCAUAACAUACAAUUAAAUAUCAUUAAUGAAAAAAUUUCACUGAUAUCAACUACAAGAUUAGAUGAACCAGAGGAGAUCAUUUUCAUAAUGAGUGCAGUAGAGAGACUAAUAGACGAAUCAAAUAAUAGUUAUGGUACUAUAGACGAAAUCCAAUCAAAGAAUCCACAUUCAUUUUGGAAGGAAAUUAAUGUUAUAUCCAAAGCUACUGUCCCGUUAACAAUAACAUUCUUUCUACAAUAUAUUUUUUCAAUAACAUCAUUAAUAGCUGCUGGUAAAUUAGGACCAGUUGCCUUAGGUGCAUCUUCCUUAGCAUUGACUACAUUCAACAUUUCAGGUUUAGCCAUCUUUCAAGGUUUAGCAUCUUCAUUGGAUCUGUUUUGUCCUCAGGCAUAUGGUGCAGGACUUAUUACUGGAGUAGGAUUAUAUUUUCAGAGAUGUACGUUAAUAAUGUUUGCAUUUAUGGCCCCGUUACUUCUUUUUUGGUGGUAUUCUGGUUCAUUUUUGGGAUUAUUUGUUAGUGAUACAGAACUAGUUCAAUUGGCUCAAAAUUUUCUUAGGUGGCAUAUACUAGGAGUUCCUGGAUUGAUAUUUUUUGAGUCAGGUAAAAGAUUCUUGCAAGCUCAACAUAUUUUUCAUGCUGGUACUUAUAUUUUAAUCAUUGCUGUACCAGUGAAUAUAUUUUUAAAUUGGUAUUUAGUAAUUAGUCCUUAUGGAUUGGGUUAUAUUGGUGUUCCUAUAACAAUUUCUAUUACCUAUUGGACUAUUUCAUUAUUGAUGUUUGGCUUUGUAUAUUUUAUUGAUGGAAUGCAAUGUUGGGGUGGAUUUACCAAGCAAGCCUUACAAAAAUGGGGACCCAUGUUAAGAAUUUCAAUUUUUGGAGCUAUUAUGGCAGUAAGUGAGUUUUUAGCAUUUGAAAUAUUGGUACUUUUUUCAGCUAAUUUUGCAGAUCCAGCUGCAAAAGUUUCAGCUCAAGCAAUUGUCUCAAACUUAGCUUCAUUGUUCUAUCAAGUUACUUUUGCAACUUCAGUCGUAAUAAACACAAGGAUUGGGAAUUAUAUAGGAAAAAAUGAUAUUGAAGGUGCUAUAUUAGAUACAAAAGUAUUAUUUGCAUGUGCUCCGGUAUUAGGACUUAUCAAUUGUUCGAUAUUUAUUUUAGGAAGAUACAAAUUAGCCAAGUUAUUUACUGAUGAUGAUCUAGUUUUGAAGCUCGCGAUAGGUUUGAAUAUUUUAGCAGGUAUUAAUCAAAUUGGAGAUUCAUUUAAUGUGUUAGCUACAGGAGUUUUACGUGGACAAGGUAGACAAAAAAUAGGUUCAAUAUUAAAUUGUUUUUGUUUCUAUGUUAUUGCUAUACCAUUGGGUUAUAUAUUGGCAUUCAAAUUUAAUUUUGAAUUAAAUGGAUUAUGGUAUGGAUUAAUUAUAGGUGUUUUAUGUUUAGCAGCCAGUCAAGCUGGAUUUAUAUUAACAAGUGAUUGGAAAUCAAUUGUUAUUGCUUCUCAUAACAUGCAUGAUGCUCAUUAG